UUGUCAAAUACGUCAAUGAAUGUCAGACGUCUAAAAAAAUCAAAUGUGUGGAUUUGUGAUGUUGGUGUGCGAGGAAAACAGGGUUGUAAUUUUAUUACACUUUCUGUAUUCAGUUAAUUUAUUUUAACCCUGAGAAAAACUAAUUAAUUAGAGCGGUGACUAUUUAACAAUAUCGAAUUUAGCUUGUGUUUUUGAAAAUGAGAUGAUGGAUUUAUCCGAACACAUUUUGAAUCGAAGGAGAGGAAAACCUGCAAGUGAUUUGUUUAAGUUGGACAUCAAGAAUAGAACUCCGGAAGAGAAUAUCAGGGACAUAAUACAAGGCCUUUACGUAAGAAAAUCAACACAAAAUGAUACAUCUCCCUCCUACAAAACUGUGCCUACGGAAUACAGGUCAGGAUUUAGAGGCAUGCACAGAAGUAGUACUGAUAGCAGAAAAUUGGCCUACCUGAAUGCAUUAGUAACAUUGUUAUGUAAAGAAGAGAGAAGCAACCUAGGGUUUACUCCUGAUGAGUUGAUGGCAUGCUUGCGUAUUAGUCUUGUGGAUGAGUCUAUGGUUAUUCGAGCUGCCGCUUUAAGAGUCAUACGUCACUUGUUGAAGACUGAUUAUGAUGUCACUAUUUUCAAUAAUAUGAAAUUACCCUACCUCGUUGUAAGAUCUAUGGAAGUUAUUAUUCGCAAUGAAGAAGAACGUGCCCAAGCUAUGCGUGUUGCUCGGCGGGCGUGCACAAUGAGAGCUGCAGCAGCACUUCUUCGAUGUCUAGCUGCACUUGCAGCAGACCCUACAGCUGAUCGACUAUCCCGUCCAGCUGUGGCCACAUUAGCAGAGAUAAGCGUUGUCAACCCGGAGCUGUGGGUGUGGUGUGGCGGCGCCAGUGCCGUGUCCCGCCAGCUGGCCGAAUGCGCGACCCCGCGACAAGCGGAGGCGUUGUGCGGUGCUCUCCUGCACGUGUUAGACCGACCGGGCCCGCGACGUGCCGCCCGCCUCACCACAGCCUGUCUGACGCAUCUAGCUGCACCGUACUGUGACUUCCACUUCCGUUCAGCGCCUACAGAUUCCACCAGGGAUGAGAGAGAGAUGCGGUUCACCUGCAGUAGAUUGGCGUUGCUAUGCGUUUUAAGGAGUUGGCCAGGGUUGUUACAUUUUUGUCACCCAUCGAGUGCUGGGGGAUUACGAUCACUUGUUGCUGCUCUAUAUUUACCUCGUCUUGAAGUUCGGAAAGCAAUAUUGGAUUUGCUAUACGAAUUAGUAGGGCUACCACAACCUGAAUGGACAGAUGAGAUCUCAGUCGCGCUGGACGCUGUGGACCCUUCAGACUUUCAGGAUACGUGGCGGCUUAACGAAGGAUUUGUUGCCGCGGAAGGCAUCGCAAUACUACCUCAUCUCGCAGCUACGGGACCCGAUAUUACGGAAAACCACUUAGCUCUAUUACUUCAAUGUUUCCUAGAGGUCGGUCUACUGGACGGGUUAGCUGAAGUGAUCGUGACGAGCGACACUUUUAUAUCGGUGCGCGCUACGGUUCUACUCGGCCAGCUGCUGCAUUUAGUACACUUGUUCCUGCCUCCUCCGAUAUGUAACAUCACGCCCGCCUUACCCGUCCUAAUGUCUCAGGCGUCUAACGGAAAGCCUCAAGCCCUGGCAGCGGUGGCCGCCUUGCGGAAACUGCACGCGAUGCUCGAAGCGAGACCCGCCAGCAGCAGCCUUUUCCUCGACCACAUCAUUCAGUACUGCAGCGGAGCGUUCAAGGAAAAGAACGAAGACGCCGCCAAGAGUCGGAAAGAGAAGGACAACGCCAACAUAAGACCGAGACAGGAGAUCGGCAUUCACAAAAACGACAGCAUAGAACUGCUGAACGAAUCGGACAACGAGAACGAAACGAAACAAAGGCACAGCGUCGGCUCCCGAAAUGACGUCACCAACAGAAACAUCAGUGCGCUCGUUAAAAGUAAAAGCGUAACUUCGCGAACUAGCGCCGCCGUGAGCAAGGUCGCCAAGUCGGCCAAGUUUUUCAAUUUGUUCGAGCGAGACAGCGACAGUUUGAUCCGGUCCACCUUGGUCAUGCAGAACAAAGACGGAAAUACUUGGAAUUGGGAAAUCAUAAGAACUAUUUUAAAGGAAAAUGAUACUACACCGUUUUUCAAUUUAAACGACAGCGGACACAAGGCUUGGGCGACUCGCAUUGUAAACUAUCUGAAGCCGUCUUCAAAUAAAUAUUCACACAUGGAUCUGUCGAGCACGUGUUACGGUCACUCUGCCACACGUGCCGGCUGUCAGCUCAUCAGGCAUCUAUUGCGGCAUAACGAUGCCGAUUGUCAUAGACUUCUAGAAGAUUUAUUCUUAGACGUAAGCAAUCAAAUCAAAGCGAUCGAGACCGGAGUGAAAGCGCACGAGUGCCUGUUCAGUCCGCAGCACAUGUGCAACACAAUGUGUCAGAUGUACUUCUUGUUCAUCGGGCAGCUGUGCCAUUCUUACGCAGGAUUGAAGCUGUUCAAACAAACCGGGCUCUAUGAAAACCUUUUGGAACUGUCAACGAAAACUCAUCACAGUUGUUACGUAAAACUCAUCAUAUCAAGCUUGGACUACACUCUCGAUUCGUAUCCUCGCGACAUACUUUCGAAAACGUUGACAUGUAGCAUUCAAGCGUCAAGACUGUACGCUACCCAGUUUCUGAACGUGCUCAUGAGAGCUUCUCGGAAGUCCAAAGAAUUGGUCCGACGAAAGACUAAGUUGAAGAAGAACACCGAAGAAUCGAAUUCAAUUCAGAAGGACGAAAUUGAAAAUAGCGGUGUCGAUAUGGAGACAUGGUUUCUGCAGAUGUUGGUGGGUCAGAUGAAAGACGAAUUCAAGGGUGUCGUCAAAGUGGCCCUGUCUAUAUUAGAGGAAGCGUUCAGUGUUCCUAUAUACGUCGAAAAAUUAAUGCCGAUGAGGGAAACGUUAUGCCAGAAUUGUCGUUUGAAUAAAAACGCGGAUCCCGCAACGUACGAUCUGUCUGCCGUGGGGGACCGGGGGUACCUGCUGUGGCUGACGUUAGAAGUGACGGCAGCCGCACAAGCCGCGGACGCAAAGUCGAUGGCCUUCCUCAAAAAACAUUUGGACUUUUGGACUAAAUCGUAUAAUUACCGGUACACGCGGGUGGUGGAAGCGGGUGCGCACGAGGCGCUGGCGGUGAGCGAGUGGGGCGGGGGGCGGGGCGCGCGGUCGCGGCGCUCGGCGCGGGUCCCGCCGCACGUGCACGCCGCGCUCGCGCCCCGCCCCCGCGCCCGCCAUCUGCUGCACGCCGCGCUCCUCACGCACUACAAGAUACUACAACGUAAGAAAUGUAAUACCGAACAAGAGAUCGCUGAUCUUAAAGCUUCGUUAUGGGCGUUGGGCAACACCGCGACCGCGCCCUCUGGACUGCAACUGCUCAUGAGUUUGAGCAACGGUUAUCUAGAGGAUUCCGUAUUGGUUCAUGUCGUGCGCCUCGUCAAGUAUUGUCCCGUAUACUCGAUACGGGCGACUGCGUUCUAUGUUCUCGGCCUUAUUGGAUGUACCUAUGACGGAGCCAACCUAUUAACCGAAUUAGGUUGGCUAUGCGUGAGACACACUAGACACGAUCAGUUUCCCGUAAUACCCGAUGAGAUAUAUUCGAUGUACGAAAACGGCUCGUAUUAUUCGGUAACAUCGCCCGAUUAUCGCGCGAACGCAUACGACACGGAAACUAGCGAGCAUUCGGAUCACACAGAUCAAAGCGCGACCGAAAGCCUUCAGUCAGACUAUAAACAUGCGACUAAAGUCGGUUCGAUAUCGGAACAGGCCAAUCGCGAUGUCGUCGACGGGAAACUGGCGAUCGUGGAUACACGCAAGGAACAGGACAAAAGAAAAUCUCACACUCUCCCCUCGCAAGGUUGUUCUAGCUCGCACGAUCGUCCGAUGCUAUCGGAGUCUCGGACCGUUGAUAUAUUACGGGACUGUUCGAACUACGACCGUCCGGGGGUAAUUCGCGUGCCCGCGGCCGAAAAUAGGCUGCUGAUUGGCAGAAUGAAUUCCUUGGAGCACGCUCACGAAGGGCGAGUGAGGAACACUAGCGAGUCCAGUACCAGCGGCGUGAGCAGCUGUGAUUCGUUCCUAGGAAAAUACACUAUGCCUGAUAGAAUAUUAACUCUAAGUCCGAUACCGAGCUCGUCCAGUCUCUACGGUACGAAAGGAACUAUCGCUAAUCAGAGACCAAAAAUACCGGAGCUACAACGCCGAACCUCAACGUCCAGUUUUUCUGGACCCGAAGUGACUAAUUCACCUCCGACACAAAUGGAUAUGACCGGAUAUGCGACUUUGAAGUCCCUCAACAGACGACCACACUUAUCCGAAAGUGCCGCGUCGUGUUCAAGUGAAAUUGACGAUUUGAGUUGGCUGCUCUCCGACACGAACCUGCGAUCGAAGCCGUUUUCAUCUUUACGCGACAGAACGAAGUCAUCCAAGGAACGAAUGGCCAAACUUAGUGUGUUGGAGUACGACUGGCGACCUCUGGCGGUGUGCGAGACGGGCGUGGAGGGGGCGGAGAGGGCCCCGCGCCGCGCCGCGCCUCGCCCUCCCCCUCCGCCCCCGCACACCCCUCCCUACAUCGGCAUCUGUCUGCCGCGCGAUCUACUCGACAUCUUCCCUGAAAAUGACGAAAUCAAAGAAGACGACACAGACAAAAACGACUCUAAUCGCGGACGUAUAUCAUCCUUCCUCGCUGACACGAGUGUUGCUAGCGUCGAAAAAUAUCGCACUACGCCGGAUUUAUCUAAAAAUUCUAAAGAUGGAAUCUCAGGUGCCUUAAAAACGUCACUAGCAAGCGGCGUGUCGAAUUCUACGAAGCUAACGAAACAAGACCCUGGAAUAGAAUCGACGAUAACCACGAAAGUCUCAAACGUCGAACGCAAGAACAUCGUGAGUAGUGUAAAAAAUGUCGGAAUCAACACCGUAACCGAAGCGGUGCCCGAAGAAAACAUAAAUCAGCUGAGCGAUGACGACGACAGUUCUGCCGCUAACGCCAAUGUGCCGGAGACCGGAGACUCCAGCGACCGCACACUGACCGAAGAUAACGUCACCUCGACGAAGGAUGUACCGUUGAGCGAGAACGUUGCUAAGUUCAAAUGGCAACACUCGUCGAACAACUGUCUAGCGUGCGUGCGUACGCGGCCGCCGUCCUCGUACGAACUGCGUGAGGCAUUUUUCGCGGCAUUAGACAAAACCAGUACGAGUGGCGGGGAGCCUCAAAGUCCCAUCGCAAGCAUAACGGCAUCAGUCGAAAGAAGUUCUAACUCUCCCGAAACUGAGGUUCUGCGUCAAGUGCAUCUUAUGGCCAAUCCUAUACAUUUGAAACAGACCCGUUCGAUGUUGCUGUCGCUCAAGCAGAAGCACUCUGAAGUCUUCCGCAGCCCGUGCGUGUACUCGGACGUGUGUGCGUUGUUGUCCCGCGACACGUACAUGUUGUGCGCCCGGCGUUUCCUUCAGGAAAUGUUCCUAGACACGAGCUUCGAGUGCUUUUCCAGCGAACCGGCCGCCAUCUUGGCGCGUCACGGCGCUCCGCCCUCGCCCGUCACCACACCGACGGAACCUAUUAAAUAGUAUUCUUAUCGUAAUUUUAGCCCUUAAGAGUUCAUUUACCGAAGGACAGUCUGAAAUACGAGCUACAUUUUCGUAACCGAUUAUGGCAACACUGAAAAAAAUUCUGCCCAGUUCUUGACGUUAAUUUACACACGCAAAGGUAUCCUAAUGUUAUUCCUAACAUACCAGUACGCUUUUUAAAAUGUCUUGUGUAUCAAGCCUUGAAUAGCCAUUAAAGGCUUGCCAUUAAAAUAUACUUGUACAAGUCAAUCGCCAGCUUUACAUUUGCAAUCUUGCAAUUCAACGUACUAAUAUGAGAUACAAAAACGGUACUAAUCCUGUGCUUAUACAAUUUCUUCAUUCAUUUACGGCUCUAUAAAUUUGUCGAAUUCUAUUGAGAUUGUUCAUACAUACUAAAACAUAUAUGUGACUUUAAAAAGUUAUUUAUAUAUUAUUAGAUAUUUUGCGUCAUAAUAAUAAUAUGAUAACAGUGAAACAAUAAUAAUGCGAAUUAUUGGUUUGAUGAAGACUGCGUACUUUAUGUAUGCACUUUCAUGUUUAUGUCUGAUUGCUGAUUUUUUCAUGCGACGAUUUUUGUCAUUACCGACCAAUGAUUUUGAAAAAAUAUAUGUUAAGUACAGUUGAUUAUAUAGACAAAAUAAUCAUUUGAAGUUUUAAUUGAUUACGGGUAAGUCUAAUAAUAUUUGCGAAAUAAAUAAAUAUAAACGAUUACUAUGCGGAAACCCAAAGUAUUCUAAUUAAUUCUUAAUCGACAAAGAGCACUUGUUCAUGUUCAUAUUAUUAAAAAAAAAACCAACCAGUAACUUAAUUCACAAAGACCGCUUGUCCAUAUAUUCCUAUAUUUUUAAUAACAGCAACACCAGUACGCGGCCUUAAGGUUUUUAUUGCGUGUUUUUUUUAUUUUAACAGUUCUGUCGUCUUUUAAAUUAAAAAAAAGAAGCUAAUGUUAAUACUAAUAUAGCGAUGAAUUUCAAGUUAAAUAUAGUUUUAUAAUUUUAUUCCUCACAUUUGUUUGUACUAAAUACCGUAUAGUAUAAUAAAUAGAUGUUAAAUUAUUUUAAUAUCGAAUCGAUAUGGGUACGUAGAUGAAUCCUAUAAUAUAUUAUCGUGGUCAUUUAUAAAGAUACUUCCGUAGCAUCGAUAGAGGAACGCCUUGCUAGUUUAAUAUUAUCUAGUUGAUCUUUCGCUCUAGGAUAUCGUAAUAUUAUUGUUUAUUUAAUUUUACAAGCGGAAUAUCAGAUGUAUGUAAUUGCGUUACUUAAAUUUUAGUUUGAUUUAAAAAAAAAUGCAAGCUUUAUUUUUUUUCGGUAUAUAUUAAAAUUCAAAUUCAAAAUCAUUUAUUUCAACUUAGAUAUCAGUAUGACACACUUGUUGAAUGUCAAUAUAUAAAUAACAAUGUUAACUCUACCACCGGUUCCAAAAAAAGCCACAGUCCUCAGAAGAACCGGAUUCGAAUACCUACCGAUAUCAAUUCGUAUAGAGUGACCUAUGUUUAUAAUAAUUAGUACCAUGAAAAUAUUAUUAAAGCGGAGCCAUUUUUCUUGCUUGAUUAAUUUUAAUGGAAAACCUUUGUUUUUCGCAACACUACAACUGCAUUUAUAAUUUAGUUUGUAUCGUUUUUUUUUUUUUUUUAUUUCUAUACCCCGAUUAGCGAAUGACAAUAGCAAGUAAACAAACCCGACUGAAUAUUCCACCAUUCCCACUGAUUACAAUAGCUAAUAAUAUACUAGUGAUGUAUCCCACCUAAAUACAACGAUACAACAUGUUUCCUAAUUUCCUUGCAUAUUUAUAUACAUACGUUUAGUUGAUAAUAAUACAUACAUUAAUUAAUUAAAAAUAAUAUAAAACGUGUUCUUAUAUUAUGUACGGCGCAAAUUAAAUUGCCUUAUUGCAUUUAAUUGUAAGUCGUUAAUACUUCCUACGUUGUUUUCUUUUAUUAAUUUAUUAAUAAUGUUUAGUAAUAUGCGUUUCGUUUGUACGUUUUAUAAGUAUUAAAAUAAUAAUAAUAAUAUUAUUAUUAGAGCACUUAAAAUGUCAUAUAAUUAUGUUAUUACUAUUAAUAAUUAUAUUAUUAUAGUUGUCGCUUGUUGUUUGUCCGGACAUACUAAUAAUAUUGUUUAGGUCGAUUCGUAAUGGUUUUGCGUUAGAAAGCUCUAGUAAUAUAUGUAUUAGUACUGCUCGUACUUGAAAGACGGAUAACGUGUUUUGGUUAAACAAAAUACCCAUAGAACGGGCAUAGGGAAAUGUUCAGAAUUAAGUUUUUUUUAUUUUUAUUGGUUAGUUAGGUGGACGAGCUCACGGCCCAUCUCGUGUUAAGUGGUUACCGGAGCCCAUUAGAUAUCUACAAUGUAAAUGCCGCCGCCCACCUUGAGGCAUGAGUUCUAAUUUCCUCACUUUUAAUUCGUUUCGUAAUAAAAAAUGGUUGGACAUGUUUUCUAAGUAUGUAAUUCGUUUGUGUAAAAACAAGGUGAAGUUAAUUGAGUUCGCGUGUCGUCACGAUCGACCGGUGAUUAGUUAAUAAUAUUGAUAAUCGUUUUGUGUUAUGAUUGAGUUUUAAAUCGUAAUGGCCCGUCUGCCAUGAAAGCAGUGAGGUAAUAACUGAACAAAUAUUGUAUGUACGAGCAGUACAAGAACACCUCCGGUGACUAAUCAAUAUCGAAUUAUGCUGUGUUAUACUUCAGUACGUCACUAAACCGUUUCUUAAAACAAAAAUGUCUUUUGCAGUUUCUGCGUUUACAAUUUGUUUGAAGGAGCAAGGUUCAUGUGGAGCGUACUGUGGUACUCUCGUCUGAUUCGAUAUUCGCAACUCUCCUAAACACGGCAUAAUGCAAACCGCUGUGCUUAGUGAGAGUUUUUUAACGUUCUCGAUAGCGUAAAAGUUAACUCAUAUAUACGCGCGAACAGCGCCUCUAGCGGCAAACGCAGACAAACGUACCAACUCCAUACAAAUUUGAGUUAACUUUUACGCUGUCGAGAACGUUAAAAAACUCUCACUAAUCACACACAGCUUGACUCUGUUCUGUAAUAAUAAUUUUGACUGUUUACGUUUACUCUACAUUUUACACUCAAACUUAAGUUUGGUAUCAACAGUAUUGAAGUUGCGAUUUAUUUUCGUUUCCUUCAUAAUAUAUAAAAGUUAACAUAGUAUUAUGUUAUAAUACAUUUAAACAUGGUAUUCUGUAAUGAUAACACUGCAAUAUAGCACAUACUCAUAUAAAAGUAACAAAUUAAAAAAAAAAUUGUGUUCGUAAUUUUCACGUUUAAUUUUAAUAGUAUUUUGUCAAUUACGUUAACUAAACAAGAUUGAAUACGAACAAGUCAAAGUGAACUAAAAUAGUGCCAUUGAAACUGGUUCCUUUUUUUUUUGAAAUAAAUGUUAUCUGUAAUUUUGAUCGAUAAAAUACUGAUACAUAAAUAUUGUGUAUGUUACAUCAGAAUGUCAUUCACCUCACUUCGUUGUAAUAAUAUAUUAUUUUACACAAUA